AAGAACAAAGUAGAGUAGAACUUGAGGAAGAGCAUUUCUUGGGGAAACAUCCGAAGAUAAAGACGGCUCUUUUUGCUCUGCUCUGCUCUGCUUCGCAUUGCAUUGCAUUGCUUUGCUUUGCUUGUGAACUUAGUUUUGUUCUAUCAUAAUUAAAAUUUUCCAUUAAACGACGGAAAUUUCGUGAAUAAAUCACAUCGAAAUUUAUCUUUGAUCUUUCUGUCUCGUUUUGGUCCGAUCUGAAAAGCUUGGGAGAACAGAGACGCCCCAAAAGUUGGUUCGCUUUCUCAGAGCGCUGCGCAGAAGACUCUCAUCUUCGCUUCUUCACCAGUCAUGAGAGAUGGCUUAGUCUGCAUUUUCAUUUCUUUUUUUCUCUGAUCAGUCCUGGUGCCAAAUUUCUUGAUGGAGUCGGUCGUUGAUGGAGUUAAGUCUUUAUCAAAGCCACACAAUUCACCGGCUUCUCCAAUAGGAUGCAAGCCUUCUUCCACCUCAGGGACCCCUCGCCCCUCUCGGCCUCCAUCUCCCAAGCCAUCUAAAACUGAAGUAGCUUCUUCUGCUUCCAGUACAACUCCUUUCGCUAACAGCCUGAGGACUAUUCGUUCUCCGGCAGGAUCUGGAGUUGAUCGAAAACAAUCCCCCAGAACAGCAUAUGAUCAUGUACAACAUGAAGAACCACCCUGUUCAGCAAAACAAUCUUCCAGAGCAAAUAAGGACAAAUUAGAAGUUGUGGGUCCAAAUGAUGUUCUUGAUAAAACAGUGGAAAUUUCUUGCCACAAGACAGUUCUAACAAUGGAUAGAAAGUCUCACCUCAAGCAUCCACCUGAUGAUUAUGAGAGUAGUAGUUCAAGUGGCUUGGUGGAAUCGGAAGAUUUGCUUUUAGAGCCGUACAAAGUAGGUGUUGGGCAAUUGAAUAACCAGUUAACAUGUCAAUCCGCAGUCGGAUUUUGUCCAAGUCCUCAAAACAGUCUCUACUCUGCCACACAUUACACAGAAGCCAAACAAAGUUUCACCAAUACCGAAGUUAGUGAAUGUGCUAGCAGUAUUGAGAAGUCUGGUGGAAGUGCCAAAGUCAGCAACUCUUGUGAUUUUGUUGAGAGCAGGAAGACAAGUAUCUAUAGAGGCAGCACCGGAAGCGACAUUAGCGAUGAGAGCAGCUCCAGUAGUUUUAGCAGUGCCUUGUACAAGCCCCACAAAGCAAAUGACAUAAGAUGGGAAGCAAUUCAAGUUGUCAGAUCUCGGCACGGGGAGUUGGGGUUGAACCACUUCAGGCAGCUGAGGAAAUUGGGAUGUGGAGAUAUAGGCAAUGUGUACCUGUCUGAGUUAAUUGGCACGAAAACUUAUUUUGCUAUGAAGGUUAUGAACAAAGCUGCUCUAGCAAGUCGGAAGAAGCUUCUGAGGGCUCAGACCGAAAGAGAAAUUCUGCAGUCUCUGGAUCAUCCGUUUCUGCCCACUUUGUAUACACACUUCGAGACAGAGAAGAUCUCUUGCUUGGUGAUGGAGUUCUGUCCUGGUGGAGAUUUGCAUAAUCUCAGGCAACGACAACCUGGGAAAGUUUUCCCAGAGCAUGCUGCGAGGUUUUAUGUGGCUGAAGUUCUCCUUGCUUUGGAGUAUUUACACAUGCUAGGGAUUAUUUACAGAGACCUUAAACCGGAGAAUGUUUUAGUGAGGGAAGAUGGGCAUAUCAUGCUUUCGGAUUUUGACCUCUCCCUAAGGUGUGCUGUCUGUCCAACUCUUGUUAAAUCAUCGAAUUCAAGCCUGCAAUCAAAGAAUUCAGGAUACUGUGUUCAGCCUGCCUGCAUUGAGCCAAAUUGUGUAAUCCAGUCAGCUUGCAUCCAGCCUGCAUGCUUUUCACCACGGUUUUUUUCAAGCAAGUCGAAGAAGGAAAAGAAAGCCAAACCAAAGUAUGAAAUAUAUAAUCAAGUGAGCCCCCUCCCAGAGCUCAUUGCCGAGCCAACGAGUGCUCGAUCCAUGUCCUUUGUGGGUACCCAUGAGUACUUGGCACCCGAAAUCAUUAAGGGUGAGGGUCAUGGAAGUGCUGUAGAUUGGUGGACAUUUGGGAUCUUUCUCUAUGAACUUUUAUUUGGGAAAACUCCUUUCUGGGGAGCAGGGAACCGGGCUACUCUGUUUAAUGUGGUGGGGCAGCCCCUUAGAUUUCCAGAUUCACCUACAGUCAGCUUUGCUGCGAGGGACUUGAUCAGAGGUUUACUCGUCAAAGAACCACAGCAUCGUCUUGCAUAUCGCCGCGGUGCCACUGAAGUUAAACAGCAUCCCUUUUUCCAGAGUGUGAAUUGGGCUCUUAUUCGGUGUACAAAUCCACCGGAGGUUCCAAGACCAGUCACGAUGGAUAUUCCUGUAGUAACUGAUGCACCAAAUGCACCAACAACUGGGAAGUUGCCUGGUGUUGAUUUGAAGCCGUCAGGUAAUUAUUUCGAGAUGGAUUUCUUUUGAUCUUUGUAAUUUUCAUUUCAUUUCAGCAAACCAGUUCUUUUCGCCUAAUCUGUAUUGUGCUUCUAUGGUUUCUUCAUAAUUCAAAGGGGAUACAAAUGUGUAUAUCCUUUGUUAAGUGCGUGCAACUUCUGUUGUCUGGGCAUGAUAAGAAGUGCCAGGUAUAUGCAAACUGCCAUUAAAUGAAAAUGAAGUUGCUGAUCUUUCUGUUCUAUCA